AUGGUAGCUUUCGAUCCAGAAAAAUAUCAAAGACAAGACUAUGUUCGAGUCAAGGUUCGGAUUGAAGUAAACAAACCCCUCAAGCGAUCAAGGGUCUUAAACUUGCCUGGAGGAGAUCAAACAACUAUCUACUUUUUCUAUGAAAAAGUGCAGAAGAGGUGUACUCACUGUCAAAGACUCACACAUGCAAAGGAUAGAUGUCCUUUUCUGGUCAACUCUCUUAACAUGCAAGCGGCUCCGGUUUCAAAUCAACGACCUUCUCUUGAUACAAGGAACCAGACAGUCUUAUCUGAGGAUGAUCCCCUGUUUGAAGUUCUACAAGAAGAUCAAGUGGGCAUCAAUCCCAUAUCGGGUCGUCCUCGCAUAGCUCCGGAAGUUCUCCAAGAAAUGCGUAACUAUCUUCUUGCUUCAAGUAAUGAAGAUAGACAUAAUAGAGAACAGAGAGUGAUUUUAUCGGUGAAAGAAGCAGAGCAGAAUCCUGUGAUCCAAAAGUCGAUGCUCCAGCUCACUCCCCCACCGAUCUUUACCACAGAUCUUAACAAAGGAAAAGGAGUUGUUUUCAACUUUGAUAGAAGUAUCGUUGACUUCCAGAACACUAAUCUCAACCCCAAGCCUCUAAAGCUUAUGGCAUCGGCGAUCUCAGCAGGCCAACACUUGUCUAAUCCUUUGGUAAAUGUAUUUGGAAGACUCUCUCUCCCGCUUGGUCAAGCUUCGUCGAGUCAAACAUCAAUCAUUCCUUUUGAUGGUUUCUCAAGCGCACCUCUGCCUAAGGAGAAACCAAAGAGAAAGCAUGGAAGAUACAAAAAGCUCCCCAACUCUCAGAAGAAAGUGCAAAAAGGUGGAGUUAAGCUCUCUACUCCGAUUCAAAAUGAGGAGAGCCCCAACAAGAAGCGCAAAGCAGAAGAUGAACUAGAUGAGUCUCUCAGAUCAUCAAAGAAGAAAGGACAGAGCUCGAUGGAAAAAGCCUCUCUGAAAAAGAAAACUGAAGUUGAUUUGGCUGAUACAUCCAAGGCUGCGCAGUGCAAUGUAUCAACGAUGGUCCCGCAUGAGGGACCCAAAGCGUAA